CUCACACUUCCUCACACCAAUACCAUAUUAUUCUCUCCUAGCUUUCUUCAUAUUGUUGCCUUAUUCCUCUGAUCAUUUUCUAAGCUCUUUAUCAUCAUCAUGGGUGUGUUCACAUACGAAACCGAGUUCACCUCAGUCAUCCCACCACCUAAGUUGUUCAAGGCUUUCGUCCUUGAUGCCGACAACCUCAUCCCCAAGAUUGCCCCUCAGGCUGUGAAGAGUGCCGAAAUCGUUGAAGGAGAUGGAGGUGUUGGAACCAUCAAGAAGAUCCACCUUGGUGAAGGAAGUGAAUACAGCUAUGUGAAGCACAAGAUCGACGGAAUCGACAAAGACAACUUUGUGUACAACUACAGCAUCAUUGAAGGAGAUGCUAUCGGAGACAAGAUUGAGAAGAUCUCCUAUGAGAUUAAGUUGGUGGCAUCCAGCGGAGGUUCCAUAAUCAAGAGCACCAGUCACUACCACACCAAGGGUGAGGUCGAUAUCAAGGAAGAUCAUGUUAAGGCCGGAAAAGAUAGAGCCGCUGGUCUGUUCAAGAUCAUUGAGAACCAUCUCUUGGCCCAUCCCGAGGAAUACAACUAAAACUGUUGAUCUCUGUGAUCAGAGGCAACAACUAAAACUGUUCUUCAUAUCUCUCUGUUUAUUGGUGUGAUGGUGUGCCUUUCAUUUUCCCCUUUUCUCUUGUACCAAGCCAAAGCUUGCCUCUUUGGGGUACAACAAUGCUGUAUUUAAUUCCACUCUAAAUAAAUAAAACAAAAAUAAUUUGAAAUAAA